GCAACAAGCAUUUAAAACAUAACAAGUCAAGACAACUAGAUACACUCGAAACUACUCCAAAGGCCUACCGACAGCAGUCCCAUUCGAUCACGCUCAAAAAGGUGCCGUUACGCCAUGGGUUCCGUCGUACUUCCACAUCUACGCACAGGAUGGCACGUAGACCAAGCCAUCCUCUCUGAAGAGGACCGUCUCGUUGUCAUUCGCUUUGGCCGUGACGCGGACCCAGACUGCAUGAGGCAAGAUGAAGUUCUAUACAAGAUCGCCGACAGGGUCAAGAACUUCGCAGCCCUCUAUGUCUGCGAUCUUGACGAAGUGCCAGACUUCAAGGCAAUGUACGAGCUCUACGAUGCCUGCACAGUCAUGUUCUUCUUCAGAAACAAGCACAUGAUGUGCGAUUUCGGAACGGGUAACAACAACAAACUAAACUGGGUCCUGGAGGACAAGCAAGAGCUUAUCGAUAUCAUCGAGACGAUCUACAGGGGUGCGAAGAAGGGACGAGGUUUAGUGGUGAGUCCGAAGGAUUACUCUACCAGGUACCGGUAUUAGUGUGAUGUCAUGUGGACUUGUGGAUCUAAGCGGCAUUGUCAUGAAGGCCUGCAUGCACUGGGGAGUGGUAUUUCGAGGAGUUACGAGGAGUUCAGUGGCGGCGUUUAACACGCCCUGAUAUCAAAACUUUGGCCUUUCAAUUAUUCAAUGAUUCAUUUGACGUCCAACCUUUGGUGGUGGAUUUAUUCAUUUCUCUAUUUCUUUAUUUCAUUGCUUUUUGGGUCCCAUCUUCGUACAAACAUGCUCUGGCUCCCCUCCAAACUUCUUCCAAUAUCGCCAGUCUCGGCAACAGGGUUGGGAACACGAUCAACACCUCCCCUUCGCCCUUGAUGACAACCGCGAGAUAGUAGCGAACCUCGAAUCCUUUGAAAGCCUCAUGUAUGAAGAUAUCCUGGAUGCUAGUGGUGGGUAUGAAUCGCUGCGUAGCGGCCUGCAGAUAAGUAGAGGAGCUGGUAGAAGUCUGGAGACCGAGACCAUGUAAUACAAGGAGG